AUGCCUCGCGAGGGCAAGAAGCGGGGGAGGCGACAGCAGGAAAAAGAGGGAAAGAGAGCCUCGAAACGCCUGAAGAUCGAAGAUGGUGAUGGAGAGGCCCCAGGCGAAAUUGUGGUGGAGGGCGAUGCUGGAGACGACUUCAUCAGCUUCAAUAUGGAAAGGCCGCAAGGGAUUCAGGAGCCGCAAGAAGAAACGCAGUUUCACGGACUUCUUACUCCCGAAGAACAAGAGUACUACGCAAACGUCAACACCAAAAUCGUUGCAAAUGAUUUCGAGUCCCCAGAAGACCGUGCAGUAUUCCUCGAGGCAGUGCAUAGGGAGACUGAAGGCAAAGAGAUGAAGGUCGCAUCGAGUCAAUCUUGUUCUAGAUAUCUCGAGAAGAUCAUCAUGUUGUCAACUCCUGAACAGCUGCGACAUCUUUUCAGCAAGUUCCUUGGAAACCUCACCUAUCUUGUGCGACAUCGGUUUGGAAGUCAUUGUUGUGAGACGCUUUUCUUGCAAGCGGCGAAGCACGUGGAAAAGGAGCCUCAAGUCGAGGAAGCCAACCAGACUGGAUUGAUGUCUACGGAGAGCCUCUUUCUCCGUGCCGCAGAAGAGCUUGAGCCAAACAUGGGCUUUCUACUCACCGACAGAUUCGCUUCUCACACUGUCCGAGUGUUAUUCCUGAUAUUAUCGGGCCUGUCCUUGGAAGACGAGUCUGUCAAGGCUAUGGUCGCUAGCAAGAGAAAGGAAAAGCUAGAAGCACCAGUCGAGAAAGAGACCGAGACAUCUGAUAGCAAACGGGUCGUACCAAAGACAUUCCGCAAUGCGCUUGACAAAUUAAUUAGCAGUGCGAUUUCGGCACUGGACACCACUUAUUUGAGAGCAUUGGCUACCCAUCCGACCGGCAAUCCUGUGUUACAAUUACUUCUACGCGUCGAGCUCUCAGCAUCGGGCAAGAACAAGGCAGCAGGAGAGAACUCGGUCUUUCGAAAAUUGUUACCAGAUCAAGAGCUAGAAGAAGAUUCCGAGAGUGCUAAAUUCAUCUCCGGGUUGAUUUAUGAUCCUACUGGCUCACAUUUGGUCGAGAUCCUAGUCAAGGAACUUCCUGGCAAAACGUUCAAGAAGCUCUACAAGAACGUCUUGAAGCCACGGCUCGGCAGCCUGUCUAAAAACGAUACAGCAAGUUAUGUUGCGAUGAGAAUACUCGAACGGCUGGGAAAAGAUGACCUCGGUGAAGCCAAAAGAUUGAUCUUAGCAGAGCUGCCAGUCCUGAUCUCCCGACGGAGGACUGGCCUAAUCAGAGUACUGAUCGAACGAUGUGCUUUGCGAGGCGUGGAUCUGCAGGAUGUAUCGGAGGUGGUCAAGUCAGAAUACACCAGUGACGGAGAGGAAUUCCUGCCCAACCUUCUCGGCUUAAGACCUAUGGAGGCGCCAGAACAACCCAAGGAUAAUGACGGGAGCAAGAGCACAGAAACUUCAACACUAAGGACUGAUAUCCAUGGCUCACUAUUGGCUCAGACAAUGCUACAAAGUCCAGGUACAAGCUCCGUUGUGCAGGACAGCAUAUUAGCGCUGGACACUAAAACGUUGAUGGCGAUGUCUAAAGAUCCAGCUUCCUCCCGCAUCGUCCAAUCUGCCUUGUCUCCGACAGAAUUCAAUAUGCAAUUCAGACGCGAGAUUAUCCCUCGGUUCUACGGAGAAAUCAGCGCCCUAGCGCAAGACCUUACUGGCUCUUAUGUAGCUGAUGCUCUAUGGUCAGCCACGGACGGGCUUCAUUUCAUGAAAGAGCGGCUAGCCGGUGAACUUGCCAGCAAUGAAAGUCAACUUCGAGACUCGCCCUUCGGCCGAAAUGUUUGGAAGAACUGGGCCAUGGAUUCUUAUCAUCGACGGCCAGGUGAGUGGCGCGCCCUUGCAAAGGGACGGGGCCAGAGCCUCACACUGGCUGCGCCUUCGAAGGAAGCAUCAGGGCAGGAGAGGAAGAAGACCCCGAUCGAGCUUGCGCGCGAGAGGCAUUCUCAAAAAUUGAAUGCGCACAGCACUAAGCACAGCCACGCUUCAGCAACAGGCGCCAACGCCGUGGUUCGAACCAGUGCCUAG